AUGGUGUCUGCCCGCCUUUCUGCUCUCCUUCUCGGCGCUGGCGCUCUUGUGUCGGCUGCCCCAGCCCCGACGCCUACCCAGCCAGCCAAGCUGGCAGACCGCGCUGCGAGUUGUACGUUCAUGGACGCAGCAUCUGCUAGCAAGUCGAAGACUUCGUGCUCUACCAUUGUUUUGAGCAACGUCGCUGUCCCCUCUGGAACAACUCUUGAUCUAACCAAGCUAAACGACGGCACGACUGUCAUCUUCGAGGGUACGACCAGCUUCGGGUACAAGGAGUGGGAGGGACCGCUGAUCUCCGUUUCUGGUACCAAGAUCACGGUUAAGGGUGAGAGCGGUCAUGUGAUUGAUGGAAACGGUGCAAAAUGGUGGGAUGGCGAGGGCUCCAACGGCGGCAAGACCAAGCCCAAGUUCUUCUACGCUCACUCGAUGAAGCAAUCCACAAUCUCCGACCUCAACGUCAAGAACACUCCUGUGCAAGGUUUCAGCAUCAAUUCUGCGACUGACCUGACGCUCGACUCCAUCACCAUCGAUAACUCCGCCGGGGACACCGACGAACUUGGUCACAACACUGAUGCUUUCGACGUCGGCAGCUCCACCGGCAUCACGAUCUCCAACGCGAACAUCAAGAACCAGGACGACUGCCUCGCUAUCAACUCCGGCACCAACAUUCACUUCGUUGGCGGCACCUGCUCGGGAGGUCACGGUCUCAGCAUCGGCUCCGUCGGUGGCCGCUCCGACAACACUGUCGAUGGUGUCGUUAUUGAGUCGAGUACGAUUUCCAACUCGCAGAACGGCGUGCGCAUCAAGACAGUGUACGAUGCUACGGGCAGCGUCAACAACGUUACAUACAAGGAUAUCACCCUUUCGGGCAUCACCAAGUACGGCAUUGUUAUCGAGCAGGACUACGAGAACGGUUCGCCGACGGGUACCCCUACUACUGGUGUUCCCAUUACCGACCUUACUCUCAACAAGGUCACUGGCUCGGUGUCUUCCAGCGCCACACCGGUCUACAUUCUCUGCGGUUCUGGCAGCUGCUCUGAGUGGACGUGGAGUGGCGUGAGUGUCACUGGAGGAUCGAAGAGUUCGAAAUGCGAGAACGUUCCCAGCGGUGCGUCCUGCUAA